GAAGAGCGGCAUCUCCACACAUCACAGCGACAGCUAACCGCUAGCUAGCUAAAAUUAGUAAACCACGAAAUAUGAACUCGUAAUCAUUUUUUUGGAGAAGGGUCAAUAAAGCUGCGACAUUUGAUAACGUGUUUGAUAUAGAACAGGCACAGAGGACAACCCUUCAGGAUGUAUGCUGUGCACAGGCAAGCCCACACACCCACUGCAGUGGAAUUUUCUGUCUACUGCAACUUCAUUUCCAGUAAGGAGAAGAACUUGGUGGUCGCAGGAACAUCUCAGCUCUUUGUCUACAGGAUUAUUCACGAUGUAGAGAGUACAUCGAAGAGUGACAAGUCUUCAGAUGCUAAAGCUCGUAAGGAGAAGCUGGAGCAAGUGGCAUCUUUCUCCCUCUUUGGCAAUGUCAUGUCCAUGGCAAGUGUGCAGCUUGUAGGAGCCAGCAGAGAUGCACUACUGCUUAGUUUCAAAGAUGCCAAGUUAUCAGUUGUGGAGUAUGAUCCUGGGACACAUGACCUCAAGACACUUUCUCUUCAUUUCUUUGAAGAGCCAGAGCUCAGAGAUGGCUUUGUGCAAAAUGUGCACAUCCCCAUUGUCCGUGUAGAUCCAGAGAACCGCUGUGCUGUCAUGCUGAUUUAUGGCACAAAGCUGGUGGUGUUGCCAUUCAGAAAGGACACAUUAGCUGAUGAACAGGAAGGUGGAGUUGGAGAAGGACCCAAGUCCAGCUUCCUCCCCAGUUACAUCAUUGAUGUCCGUGAGCUGGAUGAGAAGCUGCUCAACAUCAUCGACAUGAAGUUCCUCCAUGGCUACUAUGAGCCAACGUUACUCAUCCUGUUUGAGCCCAAUCAGACAUGGCCUGGGCGUGUGGCUGUGCGUCAGGACACAUGCAGCAUCGUUGCCAUUUCCCUCAACAUCAUGCAAAAAGUCCACCCGGUUAUCUGGUCCCUCAGUAACCUGCCCUUUGACUGCACACAAGUCAUGGCUGUCCCCAAACCGAUCGGAGGUGUUGUGGUGUUUGCUGUAAAUUCAUUGUUGUACUUGAACCAGAGCGUUCCACCGUAUGGAGUUUCUCUGAACUCUCAGACAACUGGGACCACAGCAUUCCCUCUGCGUGUUCAGGAUGAAGUGAAGCUCACACUGGACUGUUCCCAUUCAGACUUCAUCGCCUAUGAUAAGAUGGUCAUCUCUUUAAAAGGAGGAGAAAUUUACGUGUUGACCCUCAUAACAGACGGCAUGAGAAGCGUCCGGGCGUUCCACUUCGACAAAGCUGCUGCCAGCGUCCUCACCACCUGUAUGGUGACCAUGGAGCCUGGCUACCUUUUCCUUGGUUCCCGUCUCGGAAACUCUCUGCUUCUAAAAUACACUGAGAAACUGCAGGAGACACGACUGGAGGAUGGUAAAGAAAAGCAGGAUGAAGAAAAAGAAAAAGAGAAGCAGGAGGAACCACCAGUCAAAAAGAAACGAGUAGAGUCUUCCACCAACUGGACUGAUGAGGUGGAUGAGAUUGAAGUGUAUGGAAGUGAGGCCCAGUCAGGCACUCAGCUGGCCACCUACUCCUUUGAGGUGUGUGACAGCAUUCUGAACAUCGGACCCUGUGCCACGGCUUCCAUGGGAGAACCCGCCUUCUUGUCCGAAGAGUUCCAGACCAACCCUGAGCCUGACCUGGAAGUCGUUGUGUGUUCUGGCUAUGGCAAGAACGGUGCUCUGUCUGUGCUUCAGAGAAGCAUCAGACCCCAAGUGGUGACCACGUUUGAGUUGCCAGGUUGCCACGACAUGUGGACAGUCAUCUCAAGUGAAGACAAAAAGGCUGCAAAAACUGAUGAGUCAGAGGACAGUGCAGAGACCGGCGAAGAUGGUGAGGAAGGAGAGAAGGACAAGGAGGAGAAGGAGAAGGAGAAAGAGGAUGAACAGAAGACUGAGCCUCCCCUAGAGGAUGAUUCAAAGAAACAUGGUUUUCUCAUUCUCAGCAGGGAGGAUUCCACCAUGAUCCUUCAGACUGAUCAGGAGAUCAUGGAGUUGGACACCAGUGGUUUUGCCACUCAGGGGCCUACUGUGUUUGCUGGAAACAUUGGUGACAACAAAUACAUCAUCCAGGUCUCACCCAUGGGUAUCCGGCUGCUGGAGGGAGUGACGCAGCUCCACUUUAUCCCAGUGGAUCUGGGUUCUCCCAUAGUGCAUUGCUCUGUGGCUGAUCCUUACGUGGUCAUCAUGACUGCAGAGGGAUUUGUCACCAUGUUUGUCCUGAAAACUGACUCAUAUAUGGGGAAGACCCAUCGGCUGGCUCUGCAGAAACCACAGAUUUCCACUCAACCUCGUGUGAUUGCACUGUGUGCGUACCGAGACAUAAGUGGAAUGUUUACCACAGAAAACAAAGUGAGCUGCUCUGUCAAGGAGGACACCAUCAUUAGGAGUCAGUCUGAAACCGAAACCAUCAUUCAAGACCUCAGUAACGCGGUGGAUGAUGAGGAGGAGAUGCUGUACGGAGACUCCAACGCCUCUGCACCACCCCCAAAGGAGGAGAUGAACCGCAACUCUGUGGCGCCUGCACCUCCUGGAAGCGAGGGGAGCUCAAAUAAAGCAGAGCCCACCCACUGGUGCAUGAUCGUCAGGGAAAAUGGUGUAAUGGAGAUAUACCAGCUCCCAGACUGGAGGCUGGUGUUCCUGGUGAAAAACUUCCCUGUUGGUCAGAGAGUACUGGUCGACAGCUCCUCUGGCCAAUCAGCGACACAGGGGGAGGGCAAAAAGGAGGAAGUGACUCGCCAGGGAGAGAUCCCUCUGGUCAAAGAGGUGGCGCUGGUUUCACUCGGCAACAACCACAGCAGACCAUAUUUACUGGUCCAUGUGGAACAGGAGCUUCUGAUCUAUGAAGCAUUCCCAUAUGAUCAACAGCAGCCACAAAACAACUUGAAAGUGCGCUUCAAAAAGGUGCCCCACAACAUUAACUUCAGAGAGAAAAAAUCAAAGCUCAAGAAAGAGAAGAAGACUGAGAGCGGCGUCACUGAGGAGAGCUCAGCCGUGAAGAGCCGCAUCGCCAGGUUCAGAUACUUUGAGGACAUCUCAGGAUACUCAGGAGUUUUUAUCUGCGGUCCGUCUCCUCAUUGGAUGCUGGUUACAUCUCGCGGCGCGAUGAGACUUCACCCCAUGACCAUCGAUGGCCCCAUUGAGUCUUUCUCUGCUUUCCAUAACGUCAACUGCCCCAAAGGUUUCCUCUACUUCAACAAACAGGGGGAGCUGAGGAUCAGCGUCCUGCCCACAUACCUGUCCUACGACGCCCCCUGGCCUGUGAGGAAAAUUCCACUGAGAUGCACCGUCCACUACGUUUCCUACCACGUCGAAUCCAAGGUGUAUGCUGUGUGUACGAGUGUGAAAGAGCCCUGCACUCGCAUCCCAAGAAUGACAGGAGAGGAGAAGGAAUAUGAAACCAUAGAACGAGACGAGCGUUACAUAAAUCCUCAGCAGGAGAAGUUUUCCAUACAGCUCAUCUCUCCGGUCAGCUGGGAGGCCAUUCCUAACACACGGAUUGACCUGGAGGAGUGGGAACACGUGACCUGCAUGAAGACGGUGGCCCUGAGGAGUCAGGAGACUGUGUCAGGACUGAAAGGCUACAUCGCCGCAGGGACGUGUCUAAUGCAGGGCGAGGAGGUGACCUGCAGGGGCCGGAUUCUGAUCCUGGACGUGAUUGAAGUGGUCCCGGAGCCGGGCCAGCCCCUCACCAAGAACAAGUUCAAAGUCCUGUACGAGAAGGAGCAGAAGGGCCCGGUGACAGCUCUGUGUCACUGUAACGGAUACCUGGUGUCUGCCAUUGGACAGAAGAUCUUCCUGUGGGUGUUGAAGGACAACGACCUGACGGGGAUGGCCUUCAUCGACACUCAGCUCUACAUCCACCAGAUGUACAGCAUCAAGAACUUCAUCCUGGCCGCCGACCUGAUGAAGAGCAUCUCACUGCUGCGAUACCAGGAGGAGAGCAAGACGCUGUCCCUCGUCAGCAGGGACGCGAAGCCCCUUGAGGUGUACGGCAUCGAGUUCAUGGUGGAUAACAACCAGCUGGGCUUCCUGGUCUCGGAUCGGGACAAAAACCUCUACGUAUAUAUGUAUUUACCUGAAGCUAAAGAGAGCUUUGGAGGAAUGCGUCUCCUCAGGCGGGCGGACUUUAACGUUGGCGCUCACAUUAAUACUUUCUGGAGGAUGCCCUGCAGAGGAGCUCUGGACACGGCCAGCAAAAAGUCUCUGACCUGGGACAACAAGCACAUCACGUGGUUCGCCACGCUGGACGGGGGGAUGGGCCUCCUCCUCCCCAUGCAGGAGAAGACGUACCGCCGCCUGCUCAUGUUGCAGAACGCGCUGACCACCAUGCUGCCUCAUCACGCCGGACUGAACCCAAAGGCCUUCAGGAUGUUGCACAGUGACAGACGCAGCCUGCAGAACGCCGUGCGGAACAUUCUGGACGGAGAACUCCUCAACAAAUAUCUGUACCUCAGUAUGAUGGAGCGCAGCGAACUGGCCAAGAAGAUCGGUACAACGCAAGACAUCAUCCUCGAUGACCUUCUGGACAUCGACAGAGUAACGGCUCAUUUCUGAGCGUCACAUUCCCUCGUCUUCGUCCCCUGGAGACCGGUUUAUACAGAAGGGUGGGUUUUGUUACGUCCUUUUGUGGAGCUUGAAUAGCUUUUCGUACAUGUUAGAAACAAAAGUCAUCUUUUCUUAGAAUAUUUUGUAUAAAAACAGAAAU